GUGGUUUUCCUCCAAUCAGCUUUCUCCGAAUCCUCUCGCGGCGCCCGUUCAAAACAGAGUCGACCGUUCGGCAGCGACUCGUUGCCGCAGCUUUGUGGUUGUGUUACCUGGGGGAAGAAAAGACAAGAGGACCCUCGUAAGCGGCAUCUAGUUGUCUUAUUUUCCAAAAUGGCAGAAGGAGGAGAUGUGGAAUGGGAGCUGAGCAAAGAAAACAUCCAGCCACUGCGGCGGGGCAGAGCCAUAUCAGCCUUACACCAAGCACUCAGUCAACAACAGGAGGGACACAGCUCUGCCACCAACCAACAAAGACAGGCCUUUGAGUGUGAACUGCGAAUGUAUGAUGGCGAGGAUCCUCUGGAUGUUUGGGAUCGGUAUAUAAAGUGGACAGAGCAAACUUUCCCUCAGGGAGGAAAAGAGAGCAACCUCGCCACACUGUUGGAACGGGCUGUUACCAGAUUCACGGAUGAGAAGAAAUAUCACGAGGACCCUCGCUAUGUUCACCUCUGGAUCAAAUUUGCAGAGAAUUGCCCGGAGCCAUUGGACAUUUACAGGUUCAUGCAAGCGCAGGGCAUAGGAGUGACACAGGCAUCCUUCUACAUUGCUUGGUCAGAGGAGUAUGAGAAUCAAGGCAACUGUCGCAAAGCAGACCUGGUCUUCCAAGAGGGAUUUAAGAAGUGUGCUGAGCCGAACGAUAAGCUCCUACAGUUUCACAAGGCUCUGCAGGCACGUGUGUCCCGGCGGGCGAUGAUGGAUGUUGAGGAGGAAGAAAGUGAUAAUGAGCCCAAAGAACCAGAGAGAGUUUCUCUGGCUGACCUCAAACAUAGAGGGAAGAAAAAAGCCAUCGCCCCUGUCAACAGAACCGGGCCUGCAAUCAGAAGUGUUUCUGGAGGCCUGCAGUCACGUGGCACCUCUAUUCUCGGCAAUGCUUCAAACAGUCGGUUGAUGAUAUUUGAUGAAACCAAGACCCAAAGUGCUGGUCCAUCAGAGCCCAAGUUAGAGUCUUGGAUGGCUCCUCCCACUUCUAGGGCGAAGGAGAAUGAGCAGAGACCAGAAAAGUGGAGUGAUGUCAAGAUUCCCCAGAAGUCCAAAUUUGGACAUACUGUGAUGGCUCCACCGCCUCCCAAACCCACCUUCCAACCGUUUGUUGAGGAGUCAGACCAGCCUCCAACAAUGACUCCGUGUAAGAUCAAUCCAGCGGUGAACACGGUUUUAUCGGCACGUAAGCCGUGCAGAGAAGAGACUCCCCUGAAGAGACUGCAGGAUCACCAUCAUCAGCAGAGAGAGGGCGAGGCAGGAAAGCCUCAGGAGCAGAGCAUGUACUGUAAAGAGCUGCUGCUCAGCGGCGCCGUUGAAUUCAGCUUUGAGGAACUGCGUGCCGAACGCCACUUCAAAAAGACGGCACAGGAAUCAGAGGUCAGGCGUCAAAGGGAUCAAGCAAACGCCAGCACUGCAAACUGACACAAACUGGACUAUCAAUUUGAUUUGAUGUGGAUUUUUUUCACCUUCAUUUUGACAAGAUGUGAUCUGCAAGCAUCAUGUUAUUAAUGUUUUGCAUUGUUUGUUACACUUUUGUAAAUAUUUUUUGAUAGAGCUCCCUGUUACUCAAAAAAGUAAAAAGAGGAAAAAAAGGUUGUGUUAUCAGAAACCCUUUGAAGUGACCUCACACUAUUUUAGUUGUGUAGGAUUCAUUAAUUAUACAAUAGGAGACUUGUACAGUCUAAUGCAGUCCAGCACAAAACACCACAAACUACAAGCAACAAAACUGACUGUACAUUAGAAAACAUAUCUACCGGAUUUAAACAAACCAUAACGACUUCACAGUAGUAACAGGGCUAUUGAGUUGUAUUAUAUUGUUAUGUGUCCAAGUUAUUCCUAAUUUCACCCUGAUUCAUCCUUUUUUCUCAGUUGCAUUGUUCUUUAGAACAUUGUUUUUUAUGUCUGCUGCCUUUUUGCAUUUCAUUUUGUCUGGAGCAGAUCUCCUUUGGUUCAAUGUCCCUUCAAUAACACGUGUCGUUGAUGUUCAAUAAACCUGUUAAGAAGUCUGACUGAU